AUGCCCGACAGCAGCCCCCUCCCCGACCGCAUCUCGCGCCUGAAGGAGGCGAUCGCCGGCGUGGUCGGCGCCCGCCACCUGGUCACCGACCCCGCCGACUUGGCGCCGCACCUGGCGGACCAACGCGGCCUCUACACCGGCCGCACGCCCUUCCUGGUGCGCCCUGGCAGCAGCGCCGAGGUGGCCGAGGUGGUGCGGCUCUGCGCCGAGGCGCGGGUGCCGGUCGUGCCGCAGGGCGGCAACACCGGCCUGUGCGGCGGCGCCACGCCCGACCAGAGCGGCGCGGAACUGCUGCUCUGCCUCGGCCGGCUGAACCGCAUCCGCGCGCUCGAUGCCGACAACUUCACGAUCACCGUCGAGGCCGGCUGCAUCCUCUCCGACGUACAGCGCGCCGCCGCCGAGGCCGACCGCCUUUUCCCGCUCAGCCUGGGCGCCGAGGGGAGCUGCCAGAUCGGCGGCAACCUGGCGACCAACGCCGGCGGUGUGCAGGUUCUGCGCUACGGCAACGCCCGCGACCUGACCCUCGGCCUGGAGGUGGUGCUGCCCGACGGCCAGCGCUGGGACGGCCUGCGCGGCCUGCGUAAGGACAACACCGGCUACGACCUCAAACACCUGUUCAUCGGCGCCGAGGGCAGCCUGGGAGUGAUCACCGCCGCCGUGCUCAAGCUCUACGCCCGGCCGCGCGAGGUGGUCACCGCCCUGCUGGCGCUGCCCGACCCGGCGGCGGCCGUCCAGGUGCUGGGCCGCGCCCGGCGCGCCACCGGCGAGGCCGUGACCUCCUUCGAGCUGAUGCCGCGCAUCGGCCUGGAGAUGGCGGUGACCCACGUCGAGGGCUGCACCGACCCGCUGGCGCAAGCGCACCCUUGGUACGCGCUGAUCGAGCUCUACGGCGGCCAGGAGCAGGGCCAGCUCGGACAGGCCCUGGAGGCGAUGCUCGCCGAGGCCUUCGAGGCGGGCCUGGUGAGCGACGCCGCGAUCGCCCAGAACGCCCAGCAGGCCGCCGCAUUCUGGCGCCUGCGCGAAGGCCUGGUCGAGGCGCAGAAGCACGAGGGCGGCUCGAUCAAGCACGACGUUUCGGUACCGGUCAGCAAGGUCCCCGACUUCAUCGCCGCCGCCGCCGCCGAGGCGCAGCGGCGCCUGCCCGGCAUCCGCCCGGUGCCCUUCGGCCACGUCGGCGACGGCAACAUCCACUUCAACCUGAGCCAGCCGCCGGGCAUGGACCGCCAGGCGUUCCUCGCGCUCUGGGGCGAGAUGAGCACCGCCGUCCACGACAUCGUCGCCGGCUUCGACGGCUCCUUCUCGGCCGAGCACGGGGUCGGCCGCCUGAAGGUCGAGGAGGCGGUGCGCCUGAAACCGGCGGUGGAGAUCGAGAUGAUGCGGCGGGUCAAGCGCGCCUUCGACCCGCAUGGCCUGAUGAACCCCGGAAAGGUCGUCACCCCAGAGGCUUAG